AUGUAUCCGAAGGUCAAAGAUUAUGAAGAACCACUACCAAAAGAAGCACUAGAAAUUGGAUCUAAAUGGAAGUUGAUAUUUGACGGUGUUGUUAAUGCUUAUAGUAAAGGAAUUUGGGCAAUCAUUGUCACGCCACAUGGCUCACAUAUCCCUUUCACUGCACGACUGACAUUUGAGUGUACCAAUAACAUGGCAAAAUAUGAAGCCUGCAUCACAGGACUCGAGGAAGCUAUGAACCUCAGAAUCAAAUUCCUUGACGUGUAUAGAGAUUCAGCUCUUGUAAUCAAUGAAAUUAAAGGAGAAUGGGACAUUGAGCAUCCUGGUUUACUCCCAUACAAAGAUUAUGCAAGGAGUUUUCUACCCUUCUUCGACAAAGUUGAAUUCUAUCACAUACCUCAGGAUGAAAAUCAGAUGGCAGACACUUUGGCUACCUUGGCUUCCAUGUAUAAAGUAAAUUUUCCCAAUGAGAUGCCUCAUAUCAAAAUCAUGCAUUUGGAUAGGCUUGUCCAUGUGUUUGCGGUGGAAGAGGUCAACAAUGACAAUCCCUGGUUUCAUGACAUCAGAAUAUUCCUCCAGAGUCAGUAG